AUGCUCAGCUUCAGCCAACCGUUUAUGCCAGCAAGUGAGGGAGAGGAGAUGGCCGUGAAAGUUUCUGAUUUUUGUGUUUUAUAUUUGUUUUUUUCUGUUGUAGUUUCAUUGGAAGUGCAGAUCACUCCAAGCCACGGUGAUAUUAGUCUUGGGGAGUCCAAAUUCUUCAUGUGUGAAGUUGUCGGCGUUGCCAGACACAUAGACUGGUUUGGACCAAGUGGGGACAGGAUAGAACCGAACAGACAAGACGUAACAGUAACCCGCAACGAUGAGUCAUCCUCCACCCUCACACUGUACAAAGCCGGGACAGAAAAUGCAGGGACAUACAAGUGUGUCGCUUCCAUUGGAGACCAGCAAGCGGAGUCAACUGUCAAAGUGAAAAUCUUCCAAAAAAUCACCUUCACAAACGCACCCUCACCCCAAGAGUUUACAGAAGGAGACAGUGCCAACCUUGUGUGUGACGUCAUCAGUUCGCCUCCACCCAGUGUGUUCUGGAAGUAUAAAGGAGCCAAAAUACAAAUGGAAAAAGAUGUUCGCUUCAAAGUACUGAGCAACAAUCACCUUCAAAUCCGUGGCAUAAAGAAGACAGAUGAGGGCUCGUAUACCUGCGAGGGUCGCCUCAUGGCCCGCGGCGAGAUUGAUCUGCGGGUCAUCAAGGUCGUUGUGAACGUGCUCCCGACCAUCAGGGUAUGGCAGUCAGAGGUGAAUUCCACAGCAGAUGUCGGGCAGCCGGCCAUGUUAACUUGUGCUGUUGAUGGCUUUCCUGAACCCAUGGUGACCUGGACAAGGAACGAAGUGGUUCUCGAGGCAGGAGAGAAGUACAGCUUUAAUGAUGAUGGCUCAGAAAUGACAUUAAUGGAUGUUACCAAGCUGGAUGAAGGAGAAUACACCUGCAUUGCCAAGAACAAGGCUGGGGAAAGUGACAAGGAACUCAGUCUGAGAGUGUUUGUCAAACCUAAGAUCACAUACAUCGUAAACCAGAGCACUUCAGAGAUGGUGGAGCAGGUAACUCUGACUUGUGAGGCAUUAGGAGAUCCAACUCCCACCAUCAGCUGGAGUUCCGGUGAGCACGUCUUCAAUGAAGGAGAGCAGGCACAUCUAAACAGGAUCUAUCAGGCAUCUUGGACUCGGCCCGAGCAACACAAGAGCCUGGAUGGAAAUGUAGUGGUGAGAAGUGAUGCUCGUGUGUCCUCCCUCACUCUGAAGUAUGUCAAGUAUACAGACGCGGGUCAGUACCUGUGCACAGCACGCAGUGCCAUUGGAGAGGACGAUCAGCCGGCGUUUCUGGAGGUCCGCUAUGCCCCUAAGAUUCACGGUGCAGUGGCAGUAUAUACCUGGGAGGGAAACGCUGUCAAUAUCAGCUGUGAGGUCAAAGCUCAUCCCAGUGAUGUGUCUAUUGUGUGGCUGAGAGAUGGACUGCAGCUCCCCAACUCAAACACCACCAACAUCAAGAUCUUCAGAAGUCCAUCAGCCAGCUACCUGCAGAUAACCCCCAAAUCCGAAAAUGAUUUUGGGAGCUAUAACUGCACUGCUUCAAAUGAGAUCGGCACAGAGUCCAAGGAGUUCCUGCUCAUUCAGGCCGAGGUGCCAUCGGCUCCAUCCGUCAGUGAGGUGAGACCCUUCUCCACCACAGCACAGAUCCAGUUUGAGGAGCCAGAGUCUGUUGGAGGUGUUCCUGUCCUGAAAUACAGAGCGGAGUGGAGGGCCCAGGGCCGGGGCAGCUGGGUGGACCGGGUCUAUGAAGUCCAAGAUGGCCACACCAGUGAGGCGACUAUCACGGACCUGAAGCCAGAGACCAGCUACGAAGUGAAGCUGUCAGCCAUCAACGGCAAGGGUGAAGGUGAAAGCAGCCCUGCUGAGUUCUUCAAGACGGAGCCUGUCCAAGGGAAUCCCAAUCCUCCUAAACUCGAAGGGGCACUUCAACCCAAAGGCAACUCUCUCAAAGUCCGCUGGAUCAUGCAGGACGACGGCGGCUCGCCCGUUUUACAUUAUCUGGUCCGAUAUAAACCAAUACAGGUGUCAGAGUGGAAACCAGAAAUCCGCCAACCCAGCGGCAGCGACUACGUGGUUCUCCACGGGUUGGAGUGGGACACAGAGUACAAUAUCUACGUGGUGGCAGAGAAUCAGAAGGGCAAGUCCCAGCCAGCUACCAUGUCCUUCAGGACGUCCACACAGCCCGAUGCCAUCCCAGAUGUGGGUGAAGAGGCAGCGCUCUCCAUGGGCAUCAUGCUUUGGGCUGGGAUCCUUGUUGUAGUAUUUCUACUCCUGCUGCUCGCUGUGGAUGUCACCUGUUACUUUGUCAACAAAUGUGGCCUCAUCAUGUGCCUCUGCGGUAAAUCGGGCACAGGGACCAAAGGGCACAACGUGGAGGAGGGCAAGGCAGCCUUCAUGAAAGACGAGUCCAAGGAGCCAAUAGUGGAAGUCAGAACCGAAGACGAGUGCUCAGCCAAUCAUAACGCAGCAGGACCCACAGAACCCAAUGAAACCACGCCUCUCACAGAGCCAGAGCUGCGGGCUUACACUGCUGCUCUGGCACUGGACAACCUCUCCUCCGUAGCCACCAACUCUGACACAGCCACUGCAACAAUUGACCCCGCUCAGGACAGCCCCUCUAGCGAGACCACUACCCUCACUUGUAGUCUGUCUACCCCAGCCAACGACCCCUCACCCACCCUGGUUCUGGCUCCGGCCCCAACUCCAGAGUCGAACACGGCCCCUCCAACUCCCCUCAUCUCCACCUCUGCCAUCGAAGCCAAAAUGGCCCCGUUAGUAGAACAAAGAGGAAGUAACAACCCGGAAGAACCGGAGAAAAUAACCGCUCCUCCUUGUACGCCUGAAUGGACUAUAGCUCAAAAAUCUGGAACACCGAUACCACCGAAGCGUAGACACUCUCCUAAACUUGCAGCUCUGAAUGCGAAAGGUAGCCCGUCUGUAUCUCCACUGACCUCGUCUUCCUCGUCACCCUCUCCUACACUUGACACCAAGAAACGUGCUCCGAGGCCACCUGCCAACAAGCUUCCCAUACAGCCAUACACGGUAGCCUCAGACGCCGAGACGCCGGCGCAAACCGCCGCUGCCCCUCCAAAACCAGACCCUGAAUCAGAAACAGCUGCCCCAGACCCCAGUGCGAGUAGCCCCACUGCCUUUGACAUGACAAAUGAACCUGCUAACCAAACUGUUGAUGAUAACACUGCCAAAGAUGCUGCAACUGGCUCUCCUUCAGUGAUCCACGGUGCUCUUAAAGUCCUGGAUGCUGAAGAAUCUGCCCCUCUAGUUGCAGACGUCCCCUCUCCUUUGCCUGUCACUCAUAUUUCUUCUACUCCCCCCAGUGUUAUGGCGCCGGUUUCAAAUGAUCUCUUCACAUCGCCAUCCGAGAGGUACAACUUUCUAGUCCCUGACGUGGGGCCCAUAAGUGCAGAUGUAGAGUUAGAGCUGACAAACGGGACAGAAAGACCCUCUCCGCCUCCCGCAGAGCUUAUUAGCUUAGAGAGCCCGCCCUCUGCCCCCUCUCUGCCCAAUGGAGACGGAGCAGACUCCCCCCCCUCUGGCCCAGUUCUGGAAGCGUCAGAGACUCUGGCCAAGACUGCUCCUCCUGUCAACGAUGAGAAGAUUUUUUCUGAUGAUAAAGGCAAACUGCAGGAGGCAGACUUAUCAAACGUCCUGACGGAGAUCGCAGCAGAACACAACAGUGUCUUACAGACGAACACCACUGAGAGCAAAGCAUGAUGGGCCGGGGAAACCCCUGCCCGGUCCAAAACAUUUUGCAGCAGCAAUGAGCGAGAA